UCAAACAGAGGACUGCAGAGGAAGACGGAGCUCUGGCAGGCAGAAGCUGAUUACAGCACCGAGCAGACCCAGGUGGUGGUGACCGACUGAAGAACCAGAAGAAACCAUGAAGAACGAAGGUAUCGAGGGGUCGGAGAGGUUCCUGAGCCCGGACAAAGGCAGAGGCCUGCGGGCGGUGAGGCACUUCGCGGUGGGGGAGCUGGUGUUCGCCUGCCCUGCUUACUCCUACGUGUUGACAGUGAAUGAGAGAGGAGCCCACUGUGAGCAUUGCUUCACCAGGCGAGAAGACCUUUCUAAAUGCGGGAAAUGUAAAUUGGCGCACUACUGCAACGUGGACUGUCAGAGAAGUGAUUGGCCCAUGCAUAAGCUGGAGUGUGUAGCUAUGGUUGCCUAUGGAGAUAACUGGUGUCCAUCAGAGACUGUCAGACUGGUGGCCAGGAUUAUUAUGAAACAGAGAGUCACAACAGAACGCGACCCUUCAGAGAGGCUGCUCCUGCUCAAAGAGUUUGAAUCACAUUUAGAUAAGAUGGACAGUGAGAAGGACGAGAUGAACCAGGCCGACAUAGCAGCGCUGCAUCACUUCUACUCCAGACACAUUAGCAAGAUCCCUGACGACCAGGCUCUCACUGAGCUCUUUGCACAGGUUAACUGUAAUGGUUUUACCAUAGAGGAUGAGGAGCUCUCACAUCUCGGAUCAGCUGUUUUUCCUGAUGUAGCACUGAUGAACCACAGCUGUAGUCCUAACGUUAUAGUGACUUAUAAAGGCACAGUGGCUGAGGUCAGAGCUGUUCAAGAGAUAAACCCCGGAGACGAGGUGUUUAACAGUUACAUAGAUCUGCUCUAUCCGACAGAGGACAGGAGAGAAAGGUUGUUAGAUUCCUACUUCUUCUCAUGCCAGUGUACCGAGUGCACCACCAAGUCUAAGGACAAUGAAAAAAUGGAAAUCAGGAAGCUGAGUUCUCUACCGGAGCCGGAAGAAAUCCGAUCCAUGGUCCGUUAUGCCAAAAAUGUCAUUGAGGAGUUCAGGAGAGCCAAACACUACAAAACCCCCAGUGAGCUGCUGGAGAUGUGUGAGCUCAGCCAGGAGAAGAUGGGAUCUAUAUUUGCAGACACCAAUGUCUACAUGCUGCACAUGAUGUAUCAGUCCAUGGGUGUCUGCCUCUACAUGCAGGACUGGGACGGGGCUAUGAGCUACGGAGAGAAGAUCGUUCACCCAUACAGUGUUCACUACCCAGCUUACUCUCUGAAUGUGGCGUCUAUGUAUCUGAAACUGGGACGUCUGUAUUUGGGUCUGGAGAAGAAGACGCACGGAGUGAAAGCUCUGAAGAAGGCACUUGCUAUCAUGGAGGUGGCUCAUGGUAAAGAUCACCAUUAUGUAGCUGAAGUCAAACGAGAGAUCGAGGAGCAGAAGUAACGGAAGAGCAGCAGGAGGAGCAAAAAAAAAAGCAACAACAAAAACACGUCACAACUGCAUGCCAUGCAUCCUAUACCUCUCUGUUUCUUGUCGCCCAUUCUGUUGUUUUUUUUAGGCAGUGUCUUUUGUUUUAUGUCCAACAUCAACAUAUUCUGGCUGAGGAAAACCUUGUUUCUAUCUGCAGCCGAUGACAUCCUGUCAAACCUGAAGAUAAUGUUUGGAAUGAAGGUCAAUCAACACUCAUGCUGUAAAUCAAAAAAAGGGUCACAUCAGUGUGAAACAGAAAAGUUUAAUUCUGCCUUUAAAACUGCCCUUCAGAUGAAACAAAGUUUUCAUGUGACAGCAGCUUACACGACCUCUGUGUUCACACUUUGCCAAGCGUUCCUUCCCCUCUGUCCGUGUUCUGUAUACCCAUCGAGACAUCGUGUUGUACCACUGUUUGUCUUUGGCAGCUGUGUUAACUGCACCUGUGCUCCACAGCAGCAGCAGUUUGUUGUUUUUACUUCUAUAAAAACUGGUGAGUGGUUGUUAGAGAGGGCAUUACUACUUAUCCACUGCUAAUGCAUUUGAACUCUACCAAAAAAUUAGCAACAGAGCUUCUAGCUUCAUUGAUUAUUGGUUAAACUGUGAAAAAGAAUUGACUGACCAUGCAUCAGGUACUCUGUAGCAAGAACAUGCAAACAACUAUUCCUCAAUGAAUAAGCACUGCUUAGCUUGUCUUACACUAUGUUUUGCUUGUUGUCAAAGAAUAAGAAGAAUUGUUACAAUGUGUUUUUGUUUAUGUUGUCUUUGUUUUUCCAUGAGGCUUGUUGACCAAAAGGGCCACAGGCUUAACAAGGAACCAGCUACUAAACUCUCUUGAGAGUGUAUCCUUCACCAGGGGAGCCCUUCUGAGACCAGUUUGUAUUUCAAGUCACGGUAAAGACGUUGGUGCUACGACCUGAUGGAAUUUUUUGCUCUCAGGAAAAAAAAAGGGCAAUUCUGUAGCUUUCAUUGCUUUUGGUCAAGAGCUGCUUCAUAAACCUUUGCAGUGCGUUCUCUGCAGACUCCUGAGUCCAGGUUGUUUUUGCUCAGCAAAGACUCCACUUUGGCAGCAGUGGGAAGAUUAUUUACUUGUUAAUUAUCCUCAUCAUACAUUUCAAAUUUCUCAAGAAGAGUGAAUGAAAUAUUUCUUAAGAAGAAAGAACUGCAUCUCUUUCAUUUUUAAGUGCAAAGAUCUUGUUGGACUCUUCCAAAUUAAAUUGUGAGAUGAUAUUAAGUUUUACCAACAUGGCAUUUUAUGCAUGCAUUGACUUAAGCAAGAAUGAAAGUACCGACCUGCAGCUCCUUUCCCGCAUGUCAUUCCCCCUCUCUCUCCCCGAUUUCUGACUCUAUUCUCUGUCCUAUCUCUACAUAAAGGCAUAAAAUCCACAAAAUAAACUGUAAAAGGUGCCCAAAAAGGGACAGGCAGUAUCAGUGAUACAGUAGGUUGUUUGAUUAAUAAGGUGGGUUGGGUAAAAAUACGAGCAUGUUUUUUUGAUUAACUCGAUCCUUAAAUCAUGAGCAGGAUACUCAGUUACAGCUCCAGCAAUCGGUUGUGUCUCCCUCCUGCAGAUUUAAUCAUAGAAGAAAUGGUACACUAAUAUCUGUUGUUACACUUUCACAUCUGUAGACUGAGUCACAGUGUGUGAAAGAUGAGUAACACAGUAAAGUGAAGGGAAUGCCAAGUUCAUCACUAGGGAGUUUAUACUGCACUCAAAUUUUGUACAGUUUUUAUGAUAAAAAUGAUGUCAAAAUGUCUGACCUGUAAGCACAUUUGAUUUCAUUUAGAUCUAUCUGUCACUGGACAGUUGGCCUGCCUUCAGAUAUCAUGCAAUGCACCGUCGGAAGAACAAAAGGCACGGGUCUAAUUCCUUUACUUUGAUGCCUGUAGCUUUUUCUCUUUUAUUAUGGAUGCAACAAUAUGAACCAAGUUAUUCUGAGUUACUGAGGGUUAGAAAAAGCCCAUUGUUAAUAAUGACCAGUGGUCAUCUUUGUAGCGACUCCUGCUUUAUAACUCUUUAUUUCCCCUGCACAUAUGCAUCAAGAGGGCGGCUGCAGUAUGUGUGAGCAACAACUCUGGUCGAAAUGUUUAUUCUUGGACAUGUUUAUUUGAAACAGAUUGAAAACAGAGGAUUGAAUAAGCAAAGAGGGAAAAAACAAGCAACACAAAAGGACAUCCAAACCUCUGUGAACCAGCUCAAGCUCUUCACUUAACUGUAUGGCUUGACUGUAGAGCAUGUAUAUGGUAUGUUUUCUUUUUUGAUGUCAUUGAAAAUAUAAUAUGUGGCACAAGGGAUAAACUGAAAAGAUCUUUCUCAUUUUGCACGUUUAAUACAAGACUAAAGGCAAACCAUUUGAUGUUUUUUGCCCUUUUUGUAAUUUACUGUUACUUUAUCAGGCAUGAACGUUAUUCUUUUGGAAUGUGGAAUGGAAAUCUGAGCCCCUGAACUCAAUAAAUUUCAACAUGACUCUUG